AGCUCCAUCAGUAUGUUUCGCGCUUCGGACUGACUCGCGUGUGUGUCGUUUUGCUUUACCCAAAGAGGCCUGCGGUUGAUGUAAGUUGCUCCGUCCGUUGGUUCGUUCGUUCGUUGGAUCGCGGUCGAAUGUCGAUCACUCUUGACCGACCCGACCACCCAUCGAUCCUCUCGUCGCUGGAUCUUGUUUCGCAGCUCGCGGGUUUUUGUCCUGGUGCGAAGAGGACUUGUUGCUGUUUUACCUCCUGUUUCGUUUUGUGUGAUUUCUAUUUUCGGUUUCUUCAGUUUUUUUGCGAUGCAAAUAUUCAAUCAGGAAUUCAGGGAUAGGGAGUCAAAUUCACCAUAUUUGGUUGGAUUCCAGUGAAGGUGUUCGGGAUAUUUGUCUAUUUAUGUGCGAAGGGAUCUUGAUUUUAGCACGUUUACUGUAAUUGAUUUCAUUUUUUACAGUGCAGAAGAAUGAAAAUUGGCGUUGAUUAGGUGAAUUGGAAAAUAAAAGUGUCUGGAGUGAAUAACAAAAAGGAAAAAAUUGAGUGAUGAUCCAAUCAGAAAUAGUGUAGAAAAAUCAAUUGGUUGGAUUGAAUGCAGUGUGUUAACCCGAAGGAUUAGCGAUUGACCUGCCUUGAACCGAGAACGUUCAAAACUUCCAACAGACUUGGCGGAUCAUCUGACGUCGCACUCCUGUCGUCAAGUUACAUAACUUUUGCAACACCAGCCUGAAAGCAUUCCAAUGAGAGCACCAUGGAAUUGCAGGCGAUAGUUUUUAUUUUAGCACACUUUCUGACAAUAGCCACUUUCACGCGAUGUGCUCAGAUUCCUUCCAUCAAACGAUCCGCCACGAUAUUCACCAAAGAACCCACCGUGCGGAUACAAUGUCUGUCGGGUUCGAUGCUGAUCACAAUCAAGGAUGCACCCGCUAACCUCAACGGUCAGUUCAGCGGGAUGGUGUAUCCGAAGGGGUUGGCGAAAAACUCCACCUGCCUCACCGAGUACCGGGACCAGGAGGGACCGCUGCGCUACAAAUUGCCGCUCAAGAGCUGCAACACGAUGCCCAUCGAAACGCAUCAUCAACUACUGGUUGUCCCAAUGACAAAGUAUCACUUUUUUGGUGGCUUCAACAUCAUCCUCUGA